AUGCCCAUGAGUACGGCUCAGCUGCUUAUCGCAUGCCCUAUAUCGUGCUUGUGUCGGGUCGAUCGGUCCUCGUUACUAGACUCGAACUUCAAGUUCAUGCUGUUUCGACAGAGAAGUGCUUUCCAUCUGCCACCGGUACAAUCACGCUCGAUUCAGCUUUGGAGAACUGGGUACAUUUCACAGUCCAUUGUGAAUAGGACCAUUGGUGUAGCAGGUGGUACUUUGCUUCUGUGGGACUUUCUGUUGACCUUCGGUGACGAAGUUGAGUACAUCUGGAGCACUCGCUGGUCCUUUGCAAAAGUCACUUUUCUCACCAAUCGUUACGGGAAUCUCUUAUUUCAAGUCCUCGUCAAUGGACAAGAACUGGGAAUUAUCUCAGGAUCUCCAGCCACGCAGUUCUGCUUCCAUUUCACAUACUUCAUCAGCAUUUUCAUGAAUUUUUCCGCAGAAUCAAUACACAUACUCGUGCUAGUCCGGGCUUGGGCGAUCUGGGGGUGCAAACCAAGGAUGGCUACUAUUCUAAUUACAAUCUACAUCAUAUAUCUCCUACUCGCGAUAGGAUUCACGACUUUUGGAGCCAGCCAGCAGGACUACGCCGGCUUUUUUGCUACGGACAUCAUCCGGACGUGUAUAGGACAAUUGCCGCCUUACUUAUGGCUCCUAUGGGUUGCAAGAUGCAAUGGCAUUUACUUUGACAAUGCGAUGCCUGAGGGCCUAUUCGCAGAUGCUAUCAUAUUUUUCGUCGUCAGCACUUUGAAUAAUGUGCUUACUAUAAUGAUAUGGAAUAUCUAUUCUGGUGACCCCAAAUACUUCAUUUCAGUGACUUUUUUCCUGCCAAUACUUAGCAUGUCUGGACAACGCUUGGUCCUUAAUUUGCGCCGAAUCAAUAUGAGAAGUCGGGCGUUGAGCACUGAUGAACUAGGCAGGGAAGUCGACCGACAGCUACUUGAGUUUCACUUCGACGAAGACGAGUCACGUCGUGUCGCUUAUGAUAUGGCACCGGAGAGAUCGAUGCACUCAGAGAUGAAGCAAGAUGAGGAGAGCUGCAGCUAUUGGCUCGAUGUGUUUGCGACUCGUUGUCCAUACCUUGCAUUUCUGCAAUCUUGGAUGAUGCUUGACGUACUACCGUGGCGCGACUCGACCCAACUUCCUAACAAGCCGCUGGAACUAAGCGGUAGAAAUUGGUUACAGGGACGGUAAACGAAAAAAACAGUUGGACGUUUACAAGGGAAUGAGGGGCGUUGAUUCAUAUAUGUUUGGGUCUGGGCGAAUAUUCACUGCACAUGGGCUGGUAACUAGUAGAGCACUAUUCCCGACCCAGCCUGCCCAGAGAUUGUCGGACUAUUUCAUACGAGUACAAGUGGGUGAAUAACUUGCAAUCAAAACUCGUCCUGAUACUAUAAAAUCUUUAAUCCGCUGAGGUUAUCGUGAAAAAAGAGUCGAGAGGGUACUACUCGGAACAGCUUUGCGAUCUGAUGCCGAAUACAAAAUGAAUAUAUAGAAUGGAGAUACGUUUAGUGCUAUCCCAAUUCACGUUUUGAAUUGAAUGGAGCCUGUGGCAUUGUACUUAUCGCAAACUUACGCUCGUACGGACGUUGAUGUUGUGUGAGCUAUUUCCUCAAAGGAAAAACUUCCAUACACGAAUGUAUGAUACCAGCGCCAUCAAAACAGGGGGUUCCGAUUUUCACGAAGCAGUUCGACAGCUCGGUACCACUCUCAUUGACGAGCGAAAAUUACUUGACAGGUGCUAAUUCGAUUAGCCGAAACCGCGAAGGUUUGGAUGCAGGUACAAUUACAAUACUGAUAGCGCCUCACCUUCCAUGGACUAGGUUCGGUAUCACUAGUAGUAUGCCCCG